AUGGCCAGCCACCUCCCAGACGCCGACGCCACGGGGUUCAAGCUCUUCGGCAAGGCGACGCAGGCGCGGGAGCGGAAGAAGGCGUACCUGACGGAGCAGGAGGCCAAGGCCAAGGGCCUGGAGCUCCGUAAUGCCGAGCUCGAGCAGCGGGUGUCCACGCUCCAGAACGAGAACAACACUCUCCGCCAGAUUCUGAAGAACACGACGGCGCACGCGAGCAAGAGGAGCAGUGGCAGCGGCGGUGGCGGUGGCGGCAAGGGCGGAGACGGCGGCAAGAAGCACCACUUCACCAAGAGCUGA